GAUCCGCGAGGCAGUGACGCACUUGCAGCCAGCUGACCCUUGCAUGGCUGAAGAUGCAUUACAGUAUCUCAACUCGGUCAGGAAAUCACUUUCCUCCCUAGUCCCCUCUUCUUUUUUCUUUCGACACUUCACAAGCAAAAGUGAACUCCUCUCCUACUUGAUGCUGUGCGCUGCCAAAAUGCCCUUCAUACCGCCAGUGUCCAUCGCGCGCUCCGUGUCAGGACUCGCUGGGAAGGAGAGACCCACCAACAACACGUCAUCUGUAUCUGCUGUGACCAAAGCUUUGAAAGAAGACAAAGGCGGCUCAGUGAAGGAGAGGCUGGCUUUGAACUUGAAACAGCUGGGGAAGAAGAGUCAGCCCAAGAGUAAUCUGCCAACAAUUAAAGGAGUGUCAGGGGCAAACAGAAGGGAAGGCUCGCUGCCUUCAUCCCAGACAGGCAGCUCUCCUGUCACCAGCUCAGAGAGUCUGUCUAAAAGACAGCAGCGCAAACACUCCGGUCACACUUCUGUAAAGAGUGACUCACAGGUGAAGCCUGUGAGAACCAAGGAUCAGCAGGAGGUCCGUUUCACUCUGACUCUCACACCCGAGGCUGUCCUCCUGCUGCAGCGGAGAAACAGCGAGAGACACCGGCAACGUUCAGCCGCCAGAAACCCCGCGAGUGGAUCCACCUUGGCUCCCGGAGGAGCCACGGAGUCCCGACGCAGGAGGGAAAACGUGCCCAAAAGGCAGAGAAACGGCUCUCACAGCGGCAGAGUCACCGCUAAAAACAGCACUGACGCUGAGCUCGGAGACAUAAACUCAAUUCUGAAAAUCUCCCUUUUGAAUGAGCGGCACAAGUACGACGACGUGGAGUACGAGGAAGAGGAUGACUACGGCGUGGAUGAGCGCGUGAUGCUCAAAUGUACAGAGUGGCUACGUGGGCUGGAAAACGCACCAAUGACGGCGAGGAACAAGCUGAGUCGGAGCGCGAGCAGCGUGAAAAGUUUCUGAAGGUGACUGGAAAUGAGCGAGCGCCCGGGAUUAAAUGCGCGUUGUCAUGGUAACUGUCAAGUUUCCCUCAUACAUAUUUCUAGGAUAAAAACUGUGAUGUGACAUGUCAUUUAGCAUGAUGGUGUCGUGGCUAUCCCUUUAUACUAUUGGAUUACAACUACAAGGGCUGUAUGCAGAAAAAAAAUAUUUAUUUUUAUUUUGUGUUUUUGAGCGUUGGGUGUUAAGAUCCUCUGAAAUAUUUUGUGGAAUAUAUAUUUUCAUUGACACAUGGCUUUCUAACAAGGUGCAAAUGUGCAAGGAUGAGAAGACACAACUGUUCGCUGACUGCCCGAGCAUGCGCUCUGAGGUGCAGUGCACAGAGCAACGCAGCUGCUGCAAUGUGUGAGUGAUGCACGAGCCUCAGGAGGAUUUGCACGUCACAGGAUCGUCUCUAAUGGCUUUGAUAAAGAUCUCGCACAAGAUGACACUUUAUCCGCAGUUAUGCAAUGUCAGAAGAGUAACCGAUGAAGUGAAAUUAAAGGGAAAGUCAGCGUUUACUUUGAUUUUUAAUGCUUUUCCUUCGUCUUCUGUGCCCUCACUUUAAAUUUCACAGCUAAGCAGUUUGCACCUUUACCGUCAUUUGAUCAGUAUAACGUUUUGUAAGACUUGCAUUUAUUUAAAAAAAGAAGAAGAAAUAAAUACGUUAAAAACAGGAAAACUUUUAAAACUUUUUAAAGAUAAAUCAUUUGUACUUUUGUUUUUGUAACCAACACUGUCUAAGAAAGCGCUAAGUAGCUUUCUACGGAUUUAAGAUCUUGGUUUGGCAGUUGUCAGACAUAUCAGCUUAUCCACCUGGGAGUCAAAUGUUACAACACGUGUGAUGGUUAAUGCUAUAGAGCAGGGCCCUUAAUCAUAAGGCCAAGGGCCAGCAUUGGCUGGGCAAAGACUCGACUCCAGUCCACAGGACGGUUGAGGAAGAUGUGAAGGAGUAUAGGCUCAAAUUGAGGUCAUAAAUAUUUUAUACU